AGGUAAUAGUAUAUAUAUUUAUAUAUUGGAUCAAGCAUCACCACAUAAACGCAUCCCCAUAACCGUACAUGUACAUUACAUUUGCCAAAGAACGCUCCCUACACCAACUUCAAUCCAACCUGUAACAAUGACCCCCCCACCCCCGCUCAAAGACCUCACAACCGAAAACAUAACCCAAAACACAAACCUCAUAAACGCCCAAUGCCCCUCCCCGCGCCUCCGCUACCUCCUCGCCCGCCUCACAACCCACCUGCACGACUUCGCCCGCGAAACCCGCCUCUCAACCACCGAAUGGUCCACCGCCCUCCACUUCCUCAUCGAGGUAGGCAAAAUCUCCUCCCCGCACCGCAACGAGUUCAUCCUCCUCUCAGACAUCCUCGGCCUCUCGCUACUCGUCGACGCCAUCAACCACCCAAAACCACCCGGCGCCACAGAGGGGACCCUGCUGGGGCCCUUCCACACGCACGAGGCCCCCACGCUCGAGAAUCAUGGCGCCGCCCUCUUCAGCGAUGGCGCCGGCGAGCCGUUGUUGGUCGUCUGCACCGUGCGCGAUAGGGCGGGGAAGCCGCUGGAGGGGGUCAAGGUGGAUAUCUGGGAGACGGAUAGUAGCGGGCGGUAUGACGUGCAGUACGCGGGCGGUGGCGUGGGCGGGCAGGAACGGAUCAUGGAUGGGCGCGGGGUGAUGUACUCGGAUGAACGGGGCGGGUUCUGGUUCAAGGCCAUCAAGCCCGUGUCCUAUCCGAUUUCGCAUGAUGGGCCCGUGGGGAGGCUGCUGGGAAAGCUGGGCAGGCAUCCGUAUCGGCCGGCACAUAUGCAUUUUAUGCUGUGGAAGGAGGGGUGGGAUUGUUUGAUUACAGCCCUCUACCUCCGCGGCGACCCCUACGAAUCCUCCGACGCCGUCUUCGGCGUCAAAUCAUCGCUCAUCGUCGACCUGCACCCGCUCACGGACCCUGAGAUGGCGAAGAAAUACGACGUGCCGCUCGGUACGCCUAUGUUGCAGUAUGAGUUUGUCUUGGUGUCGGAGGAAGAGGCGCGGGCGCUGCGGGAGCGGAAUUCCAGGGAGGCGCUGGAGAAGUUGGGGAUGCGGGUUAGGUUGUUAGACGGGUUGCCGGUGCCGGAUGUUGAUUGA